UAUGCGCCACGCCCCCUCCUGCGCCGGCAUGCGUUUUUGUUUAUAUCGUCGCGUUUCACGUUACGGCAGCGAUUUUGAAAGCAAUGUCGAGGGUUUUGUGUCGGAAAUUGCGUUCGUACAGGGACGUUUUCACCCUUUCAAAUCAGGUCAAGCAGACAGCUUCAAAUGUGGCCGGCUUCCAUCCAGUUUGCUGCAGAAAUUACGCUCGAGGAUCAAGAUUUCAGGGUCCACCACCUACAGACGGUGGGGACAAAAAAGACGUCGAGGGAAAACACGUGGAUGAAUUACUGAAGAAUUCCACAGUUGGCUACCCAAAUGAUUUUAUGACACCUGAACAUUCCUGGCAAACAAACCCCUACACCAUGGACCCAACCCUAAAGCAACGCCUAACAGAAAGAAAUCAGUCUGCACAUUCAUUCAGGCCUGCUGUCAAUCCGAAUGACACAUCAAUCUUGAUCUUCCCCGGUCAGGGUGUGCAGCAUGUUGGCAUGUGCAAAGAGCUCCUCAAGUUUCCCCUCGUACAAGAUCUGUUCUCUGUCGCAAGCUCGAUUCUAAAUUAUGACCUCUUGAAAUUGUGCCUGGAAGGGCCGAAGGACCAGCUGGACCAGACCAAGUACUGCCAGCCAGCUGUGGUUGUUUCCUCGUUAGCGGCCAUCGAGUGGCUCAAAGAAGAACGACCGUCGGCCAUUGAAGGAUGCGUGGCCACAGCCGGGUUCAGCGUUGGUGAAAUCACUGCCUUGGUAUUUGCAGGAGCGCUGACUUUUGAAAGUGCAAUAAAAUUGGUGCGAGCAAGAGCUGAGGGGAUGCAGUAUGCUUCAGAAAUGGUGAAUUCAGGCAUGGCAACCGUAAUGUACGGGCCUGAUUCAGAUUUAGGGAUGGCAUGCGAGAAAGCUGUUGAGCACUGCAUGAGCAAAAAGAUCGAGAGACCUGUGUGCCAAGUUGCCAACUAUUUGUAUCCUCAUUGCAAAGUGGUUGCUGGCAAUGUUGAGGCGCUGGACUUCUUAGCCAAGAAUGCAAAGAAAUUCAAUUUGAGAAGAGUGAUGCGUUUGCCAGUCAACGGAGCUUUUCACACCCCUUUGAUGGAGCCGGCCGUGGAGGUUUUCAGAGCAGCUUUGAGGAAGGCGCAGGUGCAGGAUCCGCUCGUCUAUGUGCAUUCGAACGUGGACGGCAAGUAUUACAAAAAUGCGAAGGAGAUUCGCAAAAAGCUGCCGCAACAAAUUGUACGCGCCGUCAAGUGGGAGCAGACGAUGCACAUUCUCUAUGAGCGACCGACUGGUGAAAAUUUCCCAAGGAGUUUCGAAUGCGGCCCAGGCAAAUCGUUAAAGCCAAUUUUAAAGCAAGUUAAUUCCAAAGCCUUCGAUAAUUGCUGGAACUACUCCUGUUAGACCUCAAUAAAUUUGGUCUUAGAAAUUUUUAA